AUGUCCACCCGGGGUAGUCUGCCAGUUCUCAAAAUUCGACAAUGCAAGUUCCUUAAGCGUCCCAUCCUCUUUCACAAGAGAGACGAUAGCUUGCCCGUUACCGUCGACUGUAAAGAUUCUUUAGGCAGGCACAGACUGGUCCAGCUCGCAUUAGAUCAGGGUGAGGCUGAGGACGAGAGGCCUGAGUGGUCUGAGCGGUAA